CCAAGUUGAGUGCGCUCCGCUCCGCGGCUUCAAACAGCGCGCGCUGAGUGAGUGAGAGAGUGCGGGUGAGUGCGCGCGCUGAGUGAGUGAGUGCGGGUGUCGGGGCCGGAGCCCGGGUGCUGCUGCUCUGAGGCGGGACGGUAAAAAGCGGAAAUGCGUGUCGGCAGCGCUUCCCGCGACUCUGAAACAUCCGACAGCUACUUUUACUGCGCUGAGUGAACUGUGAUAGUUGUGUGCGCGGCGCGCGCAGUGAGGCUGAGCCGAGUCCGGAUGGCGGCCGCUCUGCAGGACUACACCGCCCCGUGGUGGACUUACUGGCUGCACACCUUCCCGCACCUUAACUUCCGUUUACAAGCAGUUGACAGCGCCUUUAAACCCGGGGAAGUCAACUACCAGCAGUCUGUGAUCUUUCUGGCCUGCAUAGCAGCUAUAGGCCUGGGCUUGAGCCUGUUGCUGCUGGGCAUCUAUUUAAGUUGCCUGUGCUUCUGGCAUAGGGAAGAGGCCGAGGAGACCAAGAGGCCCGAUACUUGCUGCGUCAUGUGGGCUGCAGUGAUCACGGGUCUGGUCAUAUGUUCUGCAGUGGGAGUGGGUUUCUAUGGAAACAGCGAAACCAACGAUGGCAUCUACCAAAUGACCUAUUCACUCUAUAACACCAAUCACACUUUGGCUGCCAUCAAUGGCCAGGUGGCUGGCUCUUUGAGCAACAUGCGGUUACGGCUAAAGGAGCACCUGGCACGGCUGGAUGAGAUCUUUUCACCUCGGCAGGACUACACCCAGACACUUCGCUUCAUACAACAGAUGGCUGACAAUAUCAUCCGACAGCUCACUGCCCUGCCCAACAUCACCCAGGUCAGACAGGACCUUGUGACAGUUGCUGAUCAGGCCAGCUACAUGGAGUACUACAGAUGGCUGAUGUAUCUCCUGCUGCUGAUUCUAGACCUGGUCAUCUGUCUGGGAUGCUGUUUGGGGCUGGCAAAGCAUUCUCGCUGGUUUCUUAUACUGAUUAUGGUGUUGGGUAUACUGACUCUUAUACUGAGCUGGACAUCACUUGGAGUGGGCACAGCCACUGCAGUGGGUGCCAGUGACUUUUGUGUGGCCCCUGACAAAUUUAUUGUGAAUCAAACAAAGGACUUCCUGAGUGAAGAUGUAACCCAUUACUACCUUUACUGCAGCCAGACUCUCCCCAAUCCUUUUCAGCAGUCACUGACCAUCUUCCAGAGGUCCCUGACGACCAUGCAAAUUCAGGUCCAAGGCUUGCUACAGAUUUCUCUCUCGAUUUUCCCCACUGCUGAGAGAGAUCUGUUAGGUAUUCAAGGCCUCCUGAACACCACAGAAAUCAGCUUGCACCAGCUCACAGCCUUGCUGGACUGCCGCAGUCUGCAUAAGGACUAUCUGGAUGCCCUGGUGGGAUUGUGUUAUGAUGGGGUGGAGGGGCUUCUUUACCUCUGUCUCUUCUCCCUGCUGGCAGCCUGUGCCUACUGUGCUAUGCUGUGCAUCAUUCCCCGAGCGUUUAUCCUCAUAGCCAGCAGGGACAGAAACUACGAUGACAUAGACGAGGAGGACCCAUUUAACCCGCAGUCACAGCGCAUGGCUCCGUACAACACAAGCCGCACAAACAUACACAGCUUCUGCAGCUACAGCAGCAGCCUGGGCAGCCAGAGCAGCCUGCAGCCACCGCCACCAGCCGCCUCCACCGCUCCCCCUCCAGAGUAUAUGAAUCAGUCGAUGCUGUUUGCGGGAAAUCCUCGAUAUGAAAAUGUGCCGCUGAUUGGAAGAGGUUCACCACCGCCCUCGUAUUCACCCAGCAUGAAGACCACCUACCUGUCUAUGACUGAUGCCCAGACGCGACAUUUUGGAAGUGACUACCAGGUGUAACGUGUGAUUGCCUGAACCCUGAAGGAGCCGAAACCAUUCUGGAUGAUAUUUAAAUCAGGUUUUUAUCUCUGUAGAUAAUUUUCUCCCUUCUCUCCUUAUUGAGGAAUUCAAGACCUGCAGUUCAGUGUGUUGAAUGACUCCACAAAGCCUCAAGAGACACUCCAAAUAGUGUGUCCCAACCUCUCCCAAGUGGAGGCCAUCCAGGCUAAUGGUGUACAUCAACCACCGUACAGUGGGGGAAAUAAGUAUUCAACAUGUCAACUAUUUUUCCAUUAAACAUAUUUCCAGUGCAGCUAUUCACAAGAAAUGUUGAGCAGACAUUGAAAUUACUGCAAUAAAACUACAAAGACAAAGAAAUCAUGAUAUUCCAAUCCAUAAAAAGGUUAGGUGCAAUAAAGUGGACUUACACAGGAAAGAUGUUAUUGAACACAGUAACUGACAUUUAUUUCAUAUUUGGUGGAGAAGUCUUUGUUUGCGGUGACAGCUAAAAUAUGCUACGUGUAAGAAGAAAAUAAUCUCUCGCAAUACUCAGGUGGAAUUUUGGCUCAUUCUUCGACACAAACAGCCUUAAAAUGAAAUGGUCAAUCAUGAUCUUCAGUUCAUUCUACAAAUUUUAUAUUGGGUUUAAUUGUGGUGAUCGACUGGGCCGUUCCAGCACCUUUAUUUUCUUCUUAUGGAACCAGUUGGGAGUCUCCGUUGCAGCAUGUUUUGGAUCGUUGUCCUGCUGGAAAGUCCACCCAUGUCUCACCCUCAUCAUCGUAGUGGACAGCAACAGAUUCUUCUCAAGAAUUUUCCAGGACGUGACUCCAUUCAUUUUCUCUUUGAUAAUUUGGAUUUUGCUGGUACCAUGAGAAGAGAAACAGACCCAUACCAUGAUUAUUCCAUCUCUGAACUUUUCUGUAGGUAUAUUAUUUUUAGGGUCAUAUGCCGAGUCAAACAUGGUGCUUUUUUUUUUGUGAACAACUUUUUAUUUGGAAACAUAGUAAGUGACACUGGGCAUAGAAAGAAACUUCCAAAACAUACAUUGUCAAUAGGUGCAGAUGAGAGGAAAAUACACCAGUGAUAGUCGUAAUAAUAUCAUAAAGGAUUACAAAAAUUGUCUCAGAUGAAUAACAAAGCAUUAAACCAUCAAUAGCACUUUGAAAAGGUUGGGGUUUUUGUUGUUGUUGUUUUUUUUUGUCUCAUCUGAGCACACUGCAUUCUCCUCCCAGUAAUCUACAGGCUUCUCCAAAUUUUCUGCAGCAAACUUCAAACAAGUUUCCUGUCAGAAUGGGGAUUGUAGACGGAUGUAAAUGCAGGAAGGUGUUUAUUUACAGGCAAACAGCACAAAUGCUGAGGCAGGAAACGGGUAAGGGUCAUCCGAGGCGCAAACAGAACUUCAGAGGCAAGGCUAAAGGCAGAGUCAAGAAUAAACAAAACAAAGUCAAAACCAGAGUGAGCACAACACUAGUAGGCUUGGUAAACGGAGACACAGGAUACUACACGUGUAUUAGGGUGCAUCAGUUGCCCCCUAAAAAUGAAAAGUUCCUCCGAUCAUGAUGCAUUUUUGUUUUUAUGUUCCUUUUGGUAAGAAAACACACUGGGUGAAAUAUUUUGACAAAAUUCAAAAGUUUAAUGGUGGCACCAGGAGCUCAAAGUUAUGGAAAAAGCUGCUAUUUUAUGACUUUUAUGACAAAAUUUCGAUCACUUUUCAUGAAACAUUAUGGCACCUUAUAGAGUAUACCAGAUAUCUUAGAUACACAUUUUUAGUCCAUAUUCUAAAUAUAUUAUCAAGCACAGUUUGAGUUUUAGCUGUUCAUUGAAUCAUUGUUCAACUACUUUUAAACAAUACACAUGUAUUAUGAAUCACAUUAAUGCUUCUCGAUCCCUUGCAAAGGUUCUUAACAUGAUCUCUGGGUCACAAGAAAUCAAUAAAUGGAGUCCAACAUUGUGAUUCAAACCUUACGCGAAAACAUAAAAUAAGCAUUUUUUGGCAAAAAAUGAACCUCAUGGUGCCACCAUUAGACUUUUGAAUAUGGUCAAAAAAUUUUACAGGAUGUCUUUAUUGGUGAAAAGGAACACCCAAACAAAAAUGCAUCAGAUUUUAUGAAAGUGAGGGCAACUGAUGCACCCUAGCGUGUAUACUUUGCAAAGUGCUAGCAUGUAUGUACGCUGCAAAAAAUGAUAUCUUAGCAAGUGAAAAUAUCUUGAAAAUAGUUGAAACAAUCUAACAUUUCCUAUCAGAAGAUUACAAGACACCAAAUCUGAGAUUAUUAAACUUGGUUCUAGAUUGCAACCAACUUAUUCUGAUGUCUUAUCAAGUAAAAAUAUCUGUCCAUGCAGCAAGAUAAUUUCACUAGUAUUGAGUAAUUUUCUCCUCAAAUUCAGUUUUCAAUUUUUUGCAGUGUAGUCCUUUUAUGCGUGUGCUGAUUGCACUCUACACAGGAACAGGUGCGUCUAAUAAUUAGUUCUUGCCGUGAGCGCGGCAAAUGCACGUGGGUGUGAGCAACCGCUCAAGGUGCACUGAUGUGACACAUCCCUUUUCUUCAGUAAUGGAAUCUUCAGGGGUGAUCGAGAAUGGAGAUAUGGAUGUGGAGUGCAGUGUCAAUUAUUUUCUCUGUGACAGCUUUAUCCGUUGCUUCCAGCUCGUUCUAGAGCUCUUUUUAAAGUGGUCCUUAGCUCUUGGGUUACUCUUCUGACGACCCAAUCGGAUAUUUUAUGACGAGCUCCUGUGCAUGGCCAUUUGAUGGUUGGGUGAUGUUUCUUCCACUUGAAGAUAAUGGUCAUGAUGGUGCUUAUAGGAACAUUUGGGAGUUGAGAAAUCCAUUUGUAACCAGUGCCAUUUCUAUGCCGUUUAACAAUAUUGCUGUGAAGGUCUUGAGAGAGGUCUGUUCCUCGACACAUCAUGAGAUAUUUCUUGCAUGACCGCUUGGUGCCAAAUGGUUUUAGUUGCAUUCAGAGGUGGAGUCCCCUUUUUCAAAGACCGGACAUAUUAACCUACCAACAUGCACUAACUCAGCUGAUUGUAAUUAACACAAGCAGGAGAACUAAUUAGUGCAAUCAGCUGGCUUUCUUACUGUGUUUAAUACUUUUUUCCUCUGUAUCAUUUAAAUAAUAUUGGCUGGCAUUGAGUGGUAUAUCAGAUAUAUUCCAUUCAGCUAGCAUGAUAUUGAACGAGUCGAAGAUGAGUUCAAUAUCAUGCUAGCUGAAUGGAAUAUAUCUGAUGUAUCAUGAAAAAAAGUCAGCCAAUAUUAUUAUCCAUCCAUCCAUUAUCUCUAGCCGCUUUAUCCUGUUCUACAGGGUCGCAGGCAAGCUGGAGCCUAUCCCAGCUGACUAUGGGCGAAAGGCGGGGUACACCCUGGACAAGUUGCCAGGUCAUCACAGGGCUGACACAUAGACACAAACAACCAUUCACACCUACGGUUAAUUUAGAGACACCAAUUAGCCUAACCUGCAUGCCUUUGGACUGUGGGGGAAACCGGAGCACCCGGAGGAAACCCACGUGGACACAGGGAGAACAUGCAAACUCCGCACAGAAAGGCCCUCGUCAGCUGCUGGGCUCGAAUCCAGGACCUUCUUGCUGUGAGGUGACAGUGCUAACCACUACACCACCGUGCCACCCAAAUAUUAUUAUUAUUAUUAUUAUUAUUAUUAUCUCAUCUCAUUAUCUCUAGCCGCUUUAUCCUAUUCGACAGGGUCGCAGGCAAGCUGGAGCCUAUCCCAGCUGACUACGGGCGAAAGGCGGGGUACACUCUGGACAAGUCGCCAGGUCAUCACAGGGCUGACACAUAGACACAGACAACCAUUCACACUCACAUUCACACCUACGGUCAAUUUAGAGUCACCAGUUAACCUAACCUGCAUGUCUUUGGACUGUGGGGGAAACCGGAGCACCCGGAGGAAACCCACACGGACACGGGGAGAACAUGCAAACUCCGCACAGAAAGGCCCUCGCCGGCCACGGGGCUCGAACCCGGACCUUCUUGCUGUGAGGCGACAGCGCUAACCACUACACCACCGUGCCACCCAAAUAUUAUUAUUAUUAUUAUACAUUCCUUUCAGGUGUUCAACGUGUCUUUCUCUUUCAAAAUUCUCUCAAAAUCUUCCAUAUUUAACGAAGCAAACCUGGCAGCCAUAUUUGUUUCCAAAUUGUCACAGUCGCUCGCUAACACAGAAGUUUUACGUCUCCGACGUAUGACAUCAUGUUGUCUUGACAACCAUGCAAUAUCGUAAACCAUAUUCAAUGCUCAUUCUCCACUGGUUAGAGUGACGUAAUACACAUAGGAUAAGCGAUAUGAUAACAAUAUUGCAUGCUGUCAAACCAAAUGAAUGAAACCCACUAGAAGGGAACAGAACACGUUUUUAUUCCAUCGAAAAAGUGUCCUGUAUGUAUAAUAAUCUACUUUAUUGAAUACAACUGUUUUACAGAUUGGAAUAUUAUGAUUUUUUUUCUGCGUAGUUUUAUUGCAUUAAUACCAAUUUCUGAUCAACAUUUUAUGUGAAUACCUGCACUGAAAAUAUGUUUCAUAACAGAAAAGUUGGUGUGUUGAAUACUUAUUUCCUGCACUGUAAAUACAACGUUUUGGUCAGUACAGGAAAAAUAGGCAAACUGUGACGUGUUAAAAAAAAAAGUUAGAUUUUCUACACAAAUGCCACCAUUUCCAUAACAAGCCUUUCAGUUGUUUUUGAUUUUGGUGUGGUGGGAUACAUUCACACAAGAACAAAACUGAGACGAUUACCUGAACAGGAUUCCGCAGCCAGACACACUGGUUGCUGUGCAUUGUAUAAAAUAAAUGGUGCUGCUACCUGUAGAGCUUCUGUAUAUAAUUAUGACAUCUCAAUGCAAUGAAGUUUUACCUCAUCACUGUUUGCAUUCAAACCACUGUUAUGUUUUCAAGCAUCGAGAGCUGUAUUCCAGGACUGUAAACGUGUUGAAAAUUUUGAUUUACUUUAGGCUCAGAUUUGAGAGAACCUCUGUGUUGAAAUAGCUCUGUGUUACUCAGUGCAAGGUCAAGGCUGAAGCAGUAAAUACUUUAGUACAUGUAUGCUGAUGUACUGUGUGAAUAUGAUUGAGCUCCAUGCAUUAGCUUGUUGCUUUUUAUAUAGGCAUUAGUUUUGAAUAAGAUGAUUUAGCCAUCACUCACUGAAUGAUAUGCUGAACAGGAUUGAAAUUGUACUUAUUAUACUGUUAAAGAUAUAUAGCCUGAAUUCCAACAUGGUUCCUUAACGAUGUCUUUAUUCUUAGAAGUUUUUCUAUUGUU